AUGUCUGUUGAAAUAGCAAAUCUCUUACUUAAUGGAGAUGAAACAGAUGAAGAAUAUAUUGAAAAUCUUGAAUAUCUUGUUUAUAAUUGGAAAAGAACAUUACAUGAAGAAAUUAACAAUGAAUUAAAUAAACGAGUAAUAAAUUCAAAUCCACUUGCUGAAUUAGAAUUUUGGCAUGAACGAUCUAUUCGAGUAACAUCAAUUUUAGAACAAAUGCAAAAAGGUAUUGAUAGUUCUUCAUUAGGAGGAUUUAAUAAUAUAAAAUUACAAUUUAAAAACUUUACAAAUGGCUAA